CUUCACGUGUAAAGCUGUCGCCAUUUUGUAAACAAAUGCGAGGUCUUUAGUCUCCGAAAAUUAACUUUGGACAAACAAUUCUUUUAAAGUAAAAAGAUGAAUGGAACAGAGACACAGAUUCAAAUGCAAAAAUUUUUACAAACUUUUAUGUCAAGAGGAAUUUUAAAUGCUAAAGAAGUAAAGAAUCUACGACAAGGUGUGGUGAAUAAUAAAUAAAAUAAUCAAAUUCAAUAAAUUACUAAUUUAAUUAGAAUCAAAAUUUGUAAGAUUUAAAACUGGUUUAAAAAUACUUAAAUUUAAAUAGGAAGAAUUUGAAGAAUAGAAGAGUAUAGAGUCAUAGGCAUGGCCUAGGCUUAGAAUUAGAACCUAGAACUAGAACUAGUCAUUCAUUAUAAAUUAUAUUGUGUAUAUAAUUAUAAUUUAUAUAUACUCACAAAUGUAUUACUAUGAUAAUUUAUUAUUAUAUGACUAUAAAUUAAUAUUUUCACCCUCACAUAGUCUUACUCUUACUUACCUACAGUAGCCUACAGACAAAUUAUACAAUGACUAUAUUAUGUUAUAAUUAUAUUAUAUUCAUAUAUUUAUAUUAUUUAUAGCAGGCCUGCACAACAUAGGCUAUAUACUGUCCGCGGGCCGCAUGUGGCCUGCCAGCACCCACUUUGCGGCCCGCGAAGUAACGAAAUAUUUUUUUAUUCUUAUUAUUUUCUUAAUAGCUUUCCCCAUGACCUAAUUAUAUUCUUUUAGCCCGCAAAAGUUUUGUCCUACUUUCUUUUGGCCCGCACAAGUUUUUCAUUAAGUAUUACAUUUUGAGUUGUGCAGGCCUGAUUUAUAGUAUAGAGCAUAAGGCACAGGGAGGUCAGAUAUAUACAUUACUAUUACUCUGAUUAAUAUAAUGUUAGAAUGAGAGAUUUGAAACAUUUUUUAGCUUCAUAGUCCAAGUGUUCAGCAAGUUUGUUUCAAAAUGUGCUCUACAAAUUUUGUCAAUGUUAUUUUAUUGAGUUGCCCACACUGUCUGUAGGCACUGUAAGGGAGGGGGAGUCACACAAUUAGUGACUAUAUUAAGUUAAUGUGUGGCAAAAGUGUCUAAUUUGUGUUACCAAUUUGUGACUGAGGACAUAGAUGGGAAAGGGGGGGGGGGGUUAAACAAUGUUCCCUCUAAGGUUUGUUGGUUCGUGUGCAAAAUCAUACAGUUGUGUGCAAAGUUUUGCAGCAUCAAUUUUUUUGUGUGCAAAAUUUUAACGCCCACAAACACAAACACACACAUUGGGUGUAAAUAUGCCAAAAUGGAUGGCCCCAUGCUUAAUCUCUACUAGUAUAUCAAGUCUGAAGGCACACGUCUAACAAAAUUAAAUAAUAAUAGUAGGCAUAAUCAUAAUGAUUAUUUGUGAUUACCCCCACUUUACCUGAAUCUGGUACGGCAUAUUAAAUAUGUUAUAUUUUAUCAAUAUUUCAGUUAGGUCUAGACUACUCUAGAAGUGGGUUAUUUUUAAAAUUCACUUUAAACCCAUCCUGAGGCUUGAGGUACCCCACAACAUUGGGUACAACAUUUUAUUUUAAUUUUUUUUUUUGUUUCUCUGAGUAUGUAGACGUGGAUAUAUAAUAUAUUGGUUUGUUCGAUUUGUUGCAUCCUUUUUUCAGGUUUUUCCCCAUAGUUUGUUUUGCUCAUUUCCUAUAACUUGAUCUUGAAGCUGUUGUUGUCCGUUCUUGAGCAACAAUCCUUUAGUAAACAGGUGUACACCAAAGUGCUUGGGUAGCUCAGCACACAUGGGUAGUGUUAAUGUAUUUUUUAUAACAAUUAACAAUUUGUUUAUUGUGCAAGAUUCUAAAAUUGAAUGAUGUUUCUAUGCUUACAAGAAAUUUAUGGUGCAGAUCCUCAAAUGAAAAUAUGUCAGCCCUGUGCUACCCAGGGUAACUGUACAUUAGAUAUGCUUUCAAAUAAUAUCAUUUAUGUAUUACAUUAUAUCAAAGGGAAAUAACACGCUUUUCACUUACUUAUUUGUUUUUGUUUUUCUCCUGGGGUACACUUGUACCCCUGGCAGUUUAUGAUUUUAGUUGGGGAGGGUUCUUAGGUUGAACUCUCUAGACAAGGUUGACUAUGGGUAUGCCUUGUCAACAUUAAAUUUAAAUACUAAAUUUAAAUAUAAAAUAAAUAGGGCCUAAUGGACCUUAAUCCUCUUAGUCACUAAUCAUUAAGUUUAUUAUGUGGUCAUGGAAACUAUGAGCAGACAAGUGAAUACUGCUUCAAGGACCUUUCAUUUGCCAUUUGUAACAUUAAAAUAAUUUUUAAAAUAAACUCGUUUUACUGUCAUACAAAGUGCUGGCAUGUACCCAUGGUUCCAUUGACUAAAUAGACAUUAAAUUUUUUUUUUUUAAAUGAAAGAUGAUUAAAUAGUCUCAUAUUGCUCAGUGACUUCAGUUAGUAACUGAAUAAGAAAUAUUUUUCCAAUUUGUAAUUAAAAUAAAACACGCCCAGAAAAUAGGCAUAACAGGCCAAUGAAACAGAACUGUGUCUGGGUUUUAAAAAGAAAACUAUAUGCACAUUUUUUACAAAUAUUUUGAAAAUUGGUCUAAGGAAAAUGAUAAAACACUACCAACCAGUGACGAGUAGCAUUCACUCGUAUAAUGCAGCUCCACUCCAUGUUUGAUUUUUGUUUAGAUUUAUGGGUUAGUGUUAUAUUCAAUUAGCGUUAUGAAGCCUUCAGCUGUGAUUCAUUCACGAUCACUACUGAUUCUAUACAUGCAGUUUUCACUUUUCCCCUUUGUGUGGAACUUUUUUCUUAUUGCCUAUAGAUAAUUUCUGAAUUUUAAUACCCAGACUUGGAUCUGCCAGAUAUGUUCUCAAAAUAACCGGACCUGGUAACCAGCUCAGUCCUUAUGGAACCUUUUAUAAAGCCCUGAAUUUUAGUGCUAUGUUCAUCAAUAGCACACUUUAUUAAGGCCACUGUUGGUUUCAACCUAAUUUUACUGAUUACAGCCUACUUUUCAUUGUGGCGAUUUAUUUCCCAGAACCAGAACUUGUACUCUGAUCUCAGAUGUCAGAUUUUGCAUUUAAAUUUGCAGAAUAUUACCAGUAUGGAGAUUUCAUUAUUCCAAACAGAUUUCAUUGUUUUUGAGAAACUGUGCUGAUAUAAUCAGUUAUAAACUUUCACAUCAAGCUUAGAUUCUGCCUAUGAUUUCCUGAUUAUUUAAAAAAAACAAAGAAAUUUCUCACUGUUUUGUUUAAUUCUCAGAAAUUGGAGUUCAUGCUGAAUCUAAUGAUGAUUUGAUCCGGUUUGUCCAGGCUGCCAAUGAAGCUAUUGCUCCCUUUAACUUAGAGAUUAGGAAAGGUGUUCAGGAAGAUGACGGUGCUCAUUUUUAUUGCCUGGUAGGUUUGUAAAAUUUGUAAAGUCUUAAAUAAAUUUAAAGAAAGCAAAUUUCAUAAUUCUUAAUAAGAAUCUAAAAUGUUGAACUGCAUGCAAGUUGUUUGUUAUGAGAAGUUUGGACUAUAAUUAAAUUUAAAUUUCCUACAAUAGUUGAAUAUCUGUUUAAAUAUGAUUUUACUUUUUAAAGGUUAACACUGUAGAGACCUCAUUGACACGACUGUCAUCAACCUACACACCCAAUGAACUGGAACUCUUCAAAAAAUUGGUAAAUGUUUCAUUUUUGAAAAUUAUCUUUUUCAUGGGAUUUGAUAAAAAAAUAAACCUGUCAAAUCAUAAAGAGAAUUUAUGUUGUGGUUUAUUGAUAACAAGAAUACAAAAACUAGAAUAAAUGACUUCCUAUUUGCAUGACAAAUUCUAAUUUUAAACCUUUGAAUUUUAAUUUGAGUGCCUACAUAAACUGUUUCACAAAUUUAAAAGCUCCUAGACUUUUCUUAUUCUGCAAAUUCACUAUAGAUCUUAUUCAUUCUUCUAUUUUUUACCCUAAUAAAGGUUGAAAAGAUAGUUGACACCGAUGAUGGGAAAAUGGGAUCAUUGGCUGCACUUAGUCUUACUGACAAACUUGAUAAAAAAAUGGGGAAGGAAGAGGGCCAAGAUUUCUUCAACAGGCUUGAGAGGGAUAAAUGGAUUAAAAAAGUGAGUGUUUGCUUCAUGCACAUUUGGUUGUCUCUGAUAAGCAGAGCAUGAAAGAAUAUUGUACAAAAUUCAUUUCAUAUGUGCAAAAACAUGCAAAUUGUGCUGCUGUAAACAAAGUGAAUAUUACAGGAAACGUGUAGUGAAGACGUAUUUACUGCUAUAAUAUUUUAAUGAUGUAGUGGACAAUAUUACAAUUUGAAGGUAUUCAAAAUUUGUAGUGCUCAAAUCCAUGCAGUUUUCUGAUCUGGUCAUCAUUUUAAUUGAAAUAUUUUUUGCCCUUCAAUGUUUCAGGACACAGAUGGGAAAAUCUCACUGAGUGUUAGAAGUAUUCUGGAGCUGGAACAGUACUUAAAAGAUAUGUAUCCUGAAUUCAUCAAAUUAUGUAAUAUUUGCUCUAAGAUAUGUCUUUUGGUAAGUAAAUUUAAUUGAGUGAUACUUCCAAUUUUUAAAAAAAAUUUUAACAAGUAUAAUAACUUUAAACUAGACUAGGACUUUUGCCAACUGCAAUGGCUUUUACUGAUAUAUAUUUUGUUUUUUACCCAGUUCAAUUGUCAUUGCUGGAAUGAAUAGCACUCAAAAUUAUAAGGUUUGGAGACAUGGUGAAUCUUAAAUUCUCAACAUAAUAGUUUAAAAAGCAAAUGUUAGUGAAAGUUUAUGUGAUCACAUUUUACUGCUGAAAGUCAACCAUUAAAUUAUGCCUAAUUUAUUACAUCUUUUAAGAAAGCUUCUAAAUUCUAAUUAUGCGCUCUCUGUAAAUCAGAAACUGAAAAUGGAGGGUUGGGGGAAUCUCACAGCUAACCGUGAGAUUUCAGACAAAAUUCUAGUAGUAAAUAUUUAUUGCAAGUAUAAUAGUAUAUAAAAUACUUAUUUUCUAUCUUCUCUGAGACCAAAAUCUAAUGACAGCUUUGUCCAUUCAUUCAUGAUUACUCAAGUUAUUGAUCAUUGAUAGUGAAAUCAGAAUCACUGCUGCAGUCUUUCAGAUAUUUAUACUAACUACAAAUUUUUGAAUUUGGGUUUCAUUUUUUUUUAACCAAAAAAACUCAAUGCUCCACUAUAAAAUUGAAACAUGUAUGGUGAUUCUCUCAUUGAUAGCAAGGAUUUUUAAAAAGCUAUUUUUAGACCUUUAAAUUCUGUAUUAGGUGACUUUUAUUUAUUUUUGCUUCAAAUUUCAGCACGUUGUGACUGUAAAAUAAAUUUUUUAAAUGUACUUUAAAAUAAUGGAGUGAAGCAGAAAUGUACUUAAACAAGAAAGCUUUAUAGUUGUUUUUUUUUAAAUAUUAUUUAUUUAUAUUUUUAAACCUUCAGGCAGUGUAUUCAUUUGAAGGAUUUAUUCCUUGUUAAAUUAGGCAUUCUAUCUUGAAUGUGAUACUUGUAUUGUCAAUUAAGUCUAUUAUUUUUUUUUCAGGGUGAGACAUGUGCAAACUGUGGCAUAAAACUACAUCUCAAGUGUGCCAAUAAUCUAUUCUCAAAACAAGGAUCAGAAAAAAAAUGUCCUGCUAGAGACUGUUCAGCGACAUGGGGCUCUAUUGAAUAAAUGCAGUUAAAAAAUUCAUAAAAAGGUGCAACUGUUUGAGUUCUUGUAUUUUUUUAGUUAUUUCUAGAGUGAAUAAAUUUAAAUGACAUUCC